GUGGUGGUGCGACAGCGGCAGGCGGCCAACGCGCGGGAGCGGGACCGCACGCAGAGCGUGAACACGGCCUUCACGGCGCUGCGCACGCUCAUCCCCACCGAGCCGGUGGACCGCAAGCUGUCCAAGAUCGAGACGCUGCGCCUGGCGUCCAGCUACAUCGCGCACCUGGCCAACGUGCUGCUGCUGGGGGACGCGGCCGACGACGGGCAGCCGUGCUUCCGGGCGGCCGGCAGUGCAAAGAGCGCGGUCCCCGCUGCCCCCGACGGCGGCCGCCAGCCGCGCUCCAUCUGCACCUUCUGCCUCAGCAACCAGCGCAAAGGGGGUGGCCGUCGUGACCUGGGGGGCAGCUGCUUGAAGGUGAGGGGGGUAGCCCCCCUCCGAGUGCCACGGAGAUGAGCCUAGACCCCUAUGGCAGCUAUUCCACGCAGGACCCCGGAGAAGGAGGCCAGAGGGCAGCCGCUGGUUGAACAGGGGAGAAGACCCCAGGAGCCCAACCCAAACCUCUUUCGUGUUGGGACCUGAGGACCACGGUCUGGGCCCAUGACCCUGUGGGCAGGCUCCCUGGGACAGCUCCACCACACCCCAGAGAGCCAUGAGGACCCAUGCAGCCAGUCCCAGCCCUAGCUGGUCAGAGACAAGGCAGAACUUUUGGAAAAACAAAGACUGUUGGUGACAGAGGAUGUGUGCAUAUCUGUGAAUGAGUGUGUGUGUGUGCAUGUGUGUGUGUGUGUGUGUGCACGCGUGUAUGUGAGAGAGAGAGAAUUGGUGGGUUUAAAAUAAAAAAGUAUUUUUAAAUAAAAGAUAUUCCCAUCUGAAGAAUGGGGGAGGGGGACUCCCAGCAGAGGUCGGAGGUGGCCUCUCUCCUAGACCCUUGACAGAGGCCCAGAUGCCGCAGGUGCUCCCCUGUGCCCUGGAGGGUGUGGGGCCGGGGGACGUCAGGAGGACCCCUCUCCGGAAGUCAGAAUGACUAAACUUUCCCCACAGUCUUCGUGAACAGUCACUAGCUGUCUGAUGUGGUUGGCAAGAAAUGUUAAAUGUAUUUAUUUUUGAAUAAGGGAUGUAUUUAUUCACAUGGUUCACAAGUCAAAAGGUACAAGAGGAAACAUGGUAAAGUUCCCCUCCCUCGUGUCCCCCAGCCACUAGUUCUCCCGCUGCGGGCAGCCUUGGCCACCAGAUUUUGUGAUGUCCCAUUCCCUAUGAUUAACCAAGCAAAUGCAGAAAAAAUAUAUAUGUACGUAUAUACUUUCUUCCACUCUUUACCCAAA